GGCUCAGGGUGUGCAUCGCGACGCUCACCUAUGGAUGCUUCGAUCAAAGAGUGCGCCGCUGAUGAUGGCAAAGGCAAAGGUGCCGACCAUGGGGCGCACAUGGUCAUCACCCCUGAGAAAACCACAAACACCAUACCGAAGAAAAGACAAACAAUGCUGAAAUGGAACGGUUGGGGCUACGGAGACACCAGGAUGGUUGUCGAGCCUACAGGCAAAAUGUACAUGAGUGGCGAGCGGUAUUUGGACAUGAAAGAUAAAUUCGUUACAAAUUCUGUGCGCCUGUGGCUCAGGAACAAGUUAAAUAUGGACCUUUUCGACGAGUCGAAAAGAAUUUGCGCACCAGAGCAACCACCAAUGGAAGUCAGCAAACCACUUAUUAAAGACGAAUUUAUGGAGGGGUUGAUUUUUCACAACAUUUCGUACUCGAUGGAGGACGACGACCGUCUCUUCCGCGGACACGGCCACACGCUGGACGACAUCGUUCAUCUUCGCCACGGCGGGAUCGAGCGCGUGCCUGACCUAGUCGUCUGGCCAGGUUGUCACGACGACGUGGUGAAGUUGGUGGAUUUGGCGAGCGAGCACAACGUGGUGAUCAUCCCGUUCGGCGGCGGCACCAACGUCACCCUUGCCCUUUCCUGUGACCCCAACGAAAGCAGGAUGAUUGUGUCGCUGGAUACGUCGCAGAUGAGUCGAAUUUUGUGGGUGGACAAGGCGAACAUGACGGCUUGUUGCGAAUCUGGAAUCAUCGGUCAAGAUUUGGAACGGGAGCUGGGCAAGCACGGACUAAUGACGGGGCACGAGCCAGACUCGCAGGAAUUUUCAAGUUUGGGUGGAUGGGUUUCAACGCGAGCUUCGGGAAUGAAGAAAAACCAGUACGGAAACAUCGAGGACCUCGUGGUGCACAUCAGAUUCGUGACACCGUCCGGCGUAAUCGAGAAGCAAAGUAUAGGCCCGAGAAUUUCCAGUGGGCCCGACUUCAACCACAUCAUUCUCGGCUCUGAAGGUACUUUGGGGGUUGUGACAGAAGUUGUGAUCAAAGUUCGUCCGGUGCCUGAGGUGCGGGACUUCGCCUCAUUUGUGUUCCCCGAAUUCCAAGCCGGUGUUGAUUUUAUGCGAGAAGUCGCUCUGAAGCGUUGUCAACCGGCAUCACUGCGAUUGAUUGAUAACGAGCAGUACAAAAUGGGCCAGGUUUUCAAAGACCGGCUCGGAUUUUUCGGUUCGAUCGCCGACUGGAUCAAAAUGUUCUACCUGCACUCAAUCGCCGGAUACCACGAAGACAAAUUGUGCAUCGCCAUUGCAGUGUUCGAAGGUGACAAAGAUGACGUUCCCGCACACUUGGCGCGAAUCAGGAAAAUCGCAGAGAAACAUCUCGGGCUGAGCGCCGGCACCGAAAAUGGAAAACGCGGAUACACGCUUACGUUUUCCAUCGCCUAUGUCAGGGACAUUUGCAUGGACUAUGGUGUCCUGGCCGAGUCAUUCGAAACGUCCGUGCCCUGGGACAGGUGUGCAAAUUUGUGCCGCAGUGUCAAAAACACCAUUGCUCGCGAAUGCACAGCUCGUGGCAUUACCCAUUUCGAGACGUCUUGUCGAGUAACUCAAGUGUACGACGCAGGUGCGUGCGUCUACUUUUAUUUCGCGUUCCACCGCGGCUUGUGGAACUUCCAAAAGGCCCUCCACGUGUACGACGAGAUCGAAGAGGUGGCCAGAGACGAGGUUAUCGCUUGCGGCGGAAACAUUUCGCAUCAUCACGGAAUUGGCAAAAAGCGGCAAAAGUGGCUGCCUAAGCAGGUCUCGCCCCUCGGCGUCAGUCUUUACCGCGCCAUCAAGCAACAGAUUGACCCGAAGAAUAUUUUCGCGGCCGGAAAUCUGCUUGAAAUGAAGGCUAACUUGUAACGGCAAAAAUCAGAAUGUCGGCAAAAAUUGUCGCAAAUUUUUUUUUUUAAAUUAAAUUUGUUUGAAAAAAAUAAUAUAAUAUUAUGUUAAAAUCUUUUUUUUUUCUUGGAUCAUUAACGCAUAUUGUACAUAUUUCAUACAAAAAAACUUCAGAAUGGGAUUUUUGUUAAUAAUAUUAUUUUUGAACUUUUGCAAAAUUUGUUUCUGGAUGCUUACAUCAUUACAUAUUAUCAAGAUUAAAAAUAAUUAUAUAAUGUAAUUUCAAAUACUUUUUGCGGAUAAAGGAAAUAUUUUUCAUCAAUUUACAUGAUGUGCACCGUUGUUUAGUAAUAUAAAGAAUAAAUGAAAAUCUUGUUAUAAAUUCAGAAAAAAAGAUCUAUUACAAAUAAAAAUUAGCGUUUCAAAAUAAUGCGAAGGUCUUGUUUCCUUCACUUUUUCAUUCUAUCAACAUGCAUUCAUGGAGAUGAUUACAGAUUAUCAACUCUAGAUUAAUUUGCAUAUGAAUCAACAAUUUCCUUUCUUUGUAAAAUAAUUAUUUCUUGCGACAUUUACUUUAAAUUGUACACAUAUUUUGAUAAACCUGUCGAAUUUAUAUGGAAAAUCUAUAAAUAAA